AUCAAAUCCUCCAAGGCUUCCAUCGAGUGUUGAAUUGCAUGUCCAUAUUUUAUGGCAUCACGUCUAACAAAUUACCUCAACACCUAGAAGAAAAAAAGUCAUGAAAACAUGAUUGCUAAAUUUAAGAAAGAUCAAUAAUAAAAAACAAAAUUGAUCAUUAAUUCAUGGCACCACCACACUUAGCCACAAUUGGCCAAAUGAUAACUAGUGUAUUCCUUCUCCUCCUCCUCCUUGCUCCGGUAACCCAAAAUGCAAAAUCCAUGUUGCCUAGAACAGAUAGAGAACUUUUAGAGUUUUCUUUAAAUUUGGAAUAUUUGGAGGCUGAGUUCUUCUUACAUGGAUCUAUGGGUAGGGGUUUGGAUCAUAUCCAACCGGGUCUUGCAGGUGGUGGACCACGACCCAUCGGUGCAAGGAUUGCUAAUCUUAGUCCUCUGGUUAGAAAUAUAAUCAUGCAAUUCGCAUAUCAAGAAGUUGGUCACAUAAGGGCCAUUAAAAGCACAGUACCUGGAUUUUCAAGACCACUGUUGGAUUUAAGUGUAAAAUCAUUUGCAAAAGUAAUAAACAAAGCAUUUGGAAGACACUUAUUCCCACCUUUCAAUCCUUAUGCCAAUGAUCUCAAUUAUGUUCUUGCCUCCUACAUCAUUCCUUACGUUGGUCUCACUGGUUAUGUUGGAGCAAAUCCAAUACUAAAAAGCAAUACUUCAAGAAAGCUUGUAGCCGGUCUUUUGGGAGUAGAAUCAGGUCAAGAUGCAGUUAUUAGAACUCUUCUUUACGAACGAGCAACACUAAUAGUGGUACCAUAUGGUAUUACAGUAGCCGAAUUUACUCAUAAAAUCUCAAAGCUACGCAACAAGUUAGGGCGUGCUGGCCUAAAAGAUGAAGGGCUUGUGGUCCCUACGUACCUACUCGGUAGAGGGGUGCUAACUGGAAAUGUUUUAGCUGGCAAUACAUAUUCACUUGCAUUUGGACGAACACCGAAGGAAAUACUUCGUAUUGUGUAUGGAAGUGGAAAGGAACAAGUUCCCGGAGGAUUUUUCCCAAAAGGUGGUAAUGGGUCAAUCGCUAAAAGUUAUUUAAAGAAAAAAAAAAAGUUAGAUAAUUUGCCUUCUCUUGUUUAAUGUUUGUAAUGGAACAUUAAAUGUCAUUAUAUAUAUAUAUAUAUAUCCUAGUGAAAAAUCUAGACAAUUGGUUUUUGAUAUUCGUAUUGCGUUAAUCUUGUUAAAGUGACAACAAGUUUUCGUUGAAUGCCAGUGCGAUUGUAAGAAUUCCUUUUAUCAAAAGUUAUUAAUUUUAUUAUUACAA